UUUCAUGGGACUUGGAAGGUUUUCUCAGUUGGAGUAUGUUCUAUGCCAUCGAUUUUGGAAAUAAAGAUAUGGAACAUCAUACCUACAGGACGUAUUUAGAAGCAAUUUUGAAUGACCUGAAACUAUUAGAACCUCAUGAUAGUGAAACAGCUUGGGAGUUAGCAGAAGAAGCUUUAAAGAAAUUUAAGAAAGAGGCAAAUUCAGUUAAAAUCGGCAUCUUCUGGAGCAAUUUUUCAGAAUUACAUGAGGACAUCAGCAAUACAAUUUUCAGUAUCACGCAAGAUAAAUUACAUUUUGAAGAUUCCUCUGAAGAGCAUGAUGGUGAGGAUAACAAACAAGAUGAUGACGAAGAUGUCCCAGCUCCUGAAGAAACUCUCGAUUCUAUACUUAGUAGUAAAAAAAAAAUGGAUUCUGCCCUCUGGAAAUUCAUGAUGAAAAAUCACAAUGCUAUAUUGCAAGUUCCUGAGAUGGCAGUUGAAGAAAGGUCAUUUGUAACAACAGUUGAGAAU